UUCCUUGUUUGUUUCGUUGGUUGGUUGGUGUGGUCGUGCGCUGUUCUUUGGGUCUUAGCUGUCUGUCUUUUGGUCGGUUGGUUGAUUCAGGCACCAGCACUGGUGGCUUUCUUCUCUGCUGUCUGGUGUCUGUUGCUCUCGCGGACAAGCAUAUUACGUACAUAUUCUAUACACUGAACUGUACGUAUCCUGCACGCCAACGAAUGGAUGAAAGAAAGAAUGAACGACAGCAUCAAGUGUCUUCAGGGAAAGGGCGACAAAGAAGGCCAUUUCUCGUGCUUCUUCUUGCAGCUGGUGUCGGUCGUUGCCAACGCGACAAAAAAGUACUGCUGCGAGUAGGUCCACUGCAGCAGGCCAAUCGCGUCGCCCAUGGAACGGCCGACACCAGCGGCAGAUCGAUCAACGGAAACUCGUGUAUCAGCCGACACACAGGUAGAUAAAGGAAAGGGCAACCUGUCUUCCAUCGCAUGAAACCCGCCGCAUCAGACCAGACUGUACAAGCAUCCACCCUCGCCACGCCCGCACAAUAGAGGGAGUCGCACAGCCUCGCUAGUCGUCGCUCAUGAGCAUCGAAGGCCCCACCAGAGUGCCCUCCAGGGCCUUCGCCCUGCUCUGCUCCUCAAUCAAAGCAUCGGGGAAGAAAUACGAAUACCUUAUUGACAAACACACACACACACACACACAGAGAGAGAGAGACAAGAGUGAAGCAGGUGAGCAUGGAGAUGGAGGGAACCCACCGUCUCUGUGAAUGUGUGUGUGUGUGUAUGUGUGGCGCCUUACUUGCACUCGUCUGGUUCUGGUGCUGGCCGAUAGGCGAGGACCAUGCCGCACUCCUUGCACACAUACCUGGAGCCACGACAGGCGGACAGGUGCUCGUGCGAAUGAUUGCCUAUGUGUGCGUCGUGGGCGCUGUGUGACACACACCUGUAUUGAGUCUCGACGCCCGUCCCCCGCAUGAUCAGGACCUUGUCGCCCUCGUUCAUGUAGCGCUUCACGAAGUACUCGGCCUCCUGCGCACAUCCAUCCAACAUCGACCACGCCGUGCGGAAUGUCUGCUGUCGCUCGGCUGCCGUGUUUGUGUGUUUACCUCGAGUGCCGCCGCUCCAUCGGAUGUGCGUGUCGGGAGGGAACUGAGGUCGGCGUCGGUCACCAGGGAAUGCGUGCCGCAGACCUGCACACACCAGCUGAGUGGAUGAUGGACAGAGACUGGUGUCCUUAGUGUUCCCUACCUCGCAGUAAUAAGUGCGCAGUUGCUUCUCUGUGCGCGUUAUGUGGCUGUCCUCACUGGUGUAGUUCUGAUAUAUACACACACACACACACACAGAGACAACAGACAGACAUCAGCACACUCCGAUGAGGCCGGCUGACAAGUGGCUUAGUGUGUGACUCACCAACAGCUGCAUUUACAGAGAGGAACGAGCGAACGAAGCGAUACAAACAACACACAGACAAGCAACGCACAUUCCCCCAUGCUGAUGUUGUGAUCUGUCUGUCUGUCUGUGCACCUUACCUUGACUCUCUGCAGGUGCCUUUGUUCGAUGGUUUCCUCAGCUUCCUCCUUCUGCCGUCGCCGAAUGGCAGCCAAACUCUGACCGCUGGCCGGCUUCUGAGGCGGAGGCAUCGUGGGAGGCACCUCCAUCUCCGGACGACUCAACAGCGCCAUCACGCAGGCAACUUAUCAGCAACGGACAGCACCACCGACACUCACUGAGCUAAGAUGACGCUCCCAAUCCUCG